GCAAACACAGGAAACAUCCUGGAGGGCGUGGUAAUGCUGGUGGUAUGCACCAUCACAGGAUUAACUUUGAUAAAUAUCACCCCGGUUACUUUGGAAAAGUAGGCAUGAGACACUAUCACUUGAAGAGAAACCAAAAGUUCUGUCCUACGGUCAAUCUGGACAAACUAUGGACACUUGUCAGUGAACAGACAAGGCUCAACUAUGCGAAAAACGAGGCAGGACUGGCCCCGGUCAUCGAUGUCGUGCGCUCAAAGCUGCCCAAGCAGCCUGUGAUUGUGAAAGCCAAGUUCUUCAGUAGGAGAGCAGAGGAGAAGAUCAAGGAGGUUGGCGGUGCCUGCGUGCUCGUGGCGUGAAGGCCUUGGUUCUCUUCAGAAAACCUGAAUAAAGACAAUGUGUAAAAAUGUGCUGAUU